GGCAGGGACUCGUCCCGCUGCCUCCUGCUCCUGGCCGCGGUGCUGAUGGUGGAAAGCUCGCAGCUCGGCGGCUCGCGGGCCAAACUCAACUCCAUCAAGUCCUCUCCGGGCGGAGAGACGCCUGCCCAGGCCGCCAACCGAUCUGCGGGCGUAUACCACGGACUGGCUUUCGGCGGCAGCAAGAAGGGCAAAGCCCUGGGGCAGGCCUACCCUUGCAGCAGUGAUAAGGAAUGUGAGGUUGGGAGAUACUGCCACAGUCCCCACCAGGGAUCGUCAGCGUGCAUGGUGUGUCGAAGGAAAAAGAAGCGUUGCCAUAGAGACGGCAUGUGUUGCCCUGGAACCCGCUGCAAUAACGGCAUCUGCAUCCCUGUCACUGAAAGCAUCCUAACCCCACACAUCCCAGCUCUGGAUGGCACUCGGCAUAGGGAUAGAAAUCAUGGUCACUACUCACACCAUGACUUGGGAUGGCAGACUCUGGGAAGACCACACACCAAGAUGUCACAUAUAAAAGGACACGAAGGAGACCCUUGCCUGCGAUCCUCAGACUGCACUGAAGGGUUUUGUUGUGCUCGUCACUUCUGGACGAAAAUCUGCAAACCAGUGCUCCACCAGGGAGAGGUCUGCACGAAACAGCGCAAGAAGGGCUCUCACGGGCUAGAAAUUUUCCAGCGGUGUGACUGUGCCAAGGGCCUGUCUUGCAAAGUGUGGAAAGAUGCCACCUACUCUUCCAAAGCCAGACUGCACGUGUGUCAGAAGAUCUGACCACCUCCGAGGGAAAGCAUCACCAGCAGACUGUGAAUUUGUGUAUUUAAUGCUUUAUGGCAUGGUGGAAAACAAGGUUCGGAAUGCAGAAGAAUGGCUAAAAGGUGACUGUGAGAAGAAUAUAGAGCAGACAAAGAGGGGAAAAUGAAGGAGAACGGAGUGGAUUAGGGUGGGUGGCAAAUGCAGAGCAACCAGAGUGUUUCCAUUAUGCAACUGGUUUAUGUAAAUAAUGUACACAUUUGUGAAAAUGCUGUUCUAAAAAAGCACACCAUGGAAAUUACUGAUGAGUGCCAUGUGGCUUUCCAAGAGUUUAGGUUGUGCUGGAGGAGAGGUUUCUUUCAGCUUGGCGAUUGCCUAUAAAAAAGCCAUGGAUCUAUUCAGUUAAUAGCUUAACAAAAUACUCCCAGUGUAGCCUGGCCUACAAUAAGCUCUAAAACACGAAUGGAGUUGAUAAACAGGAAAUGAAAAUGUGGAGCAUAGUUAAUUUGCAAUGAGGAAUCACCUUUCAAUUUAGAACUCAACUUUGUCUGGUCAGUUAAAGCCUUGAUAGAUAAGAAAAAAAGGAGUCAAGGACUUUUGAAAAAUAACAAACCAACUUCCCCUCAAACUGUUUAUUUACAUUCCUUCAAAAAAUUAAUUUCACCUGUAAUUGAUAAAACCAGUAUAAGGUAAAAGUAGAUUCCUUGAUUCUGAAGGAAUGACUUCCAUUUCUCUUGGUUAUAUAAGAGUCCUACCCCCGAAUACAUUUGUUUUCCAAACUAAACCCAUUAAUUGUGACCAGUGCAAUAGAUGCACAGAACAUAAUCUUGGCAGACUGCAAAAAAAUUGAAAGAUGUCUACAACAUGGGGAAACAAAGUAAAUGGAGAUACCAUUGAUUUUUAAGAGUUUGACAUACCUACCUUUUGAUAGGAUUGUUGUAAAUAUGCUUAUUUUUUACACACUCUGUGGUAGGGUGGGAUGAAGCAGAUAACUGAGACUAGAGUGAAAUGGUCCUGUCCUGAAAUAGCUAAGGACGUGGGGGAACUUUAUCAAUUGUCCUGGGUUUGGCCAUACAGGAUCACAUGUGUGACCUGUGCUGACUCUUCACCUGUGAGACCAGAGACUGCACAACAUAAAGGCAGGUCCUCUGUGGGAUUUGCUAUCUCAAUAUUUACAUGCAGAUGAGUUCAGUGUAAGGUCCCUUUCCUUUCAUACACUCAAAAUAUUUAUUUUAUAUGUUUGAGUCCUAAAGUAAUCUUAAUAUGAGGCUAUCUCACAGAGUGGAUCCCCCAGCUAGGUAGCACGGUGAGACUCAGGGUCCUCAAGCUUCUAACUGACCCUGUACCGUGCGAGGCAUCUGCAUGAAGCCCUCUCUGCUGCAGCUAUUUCAUUGCCAAAGAUAUAGUUUCUGCUUUCUACAGCGACUGAGGUUUAAAACUAUAAUAACUUGUAAAAUCUACAGAUCAGUAAUCCAUAGAAACCACAGGCUCUAAAUUCUUUUGAAAACAUUUUAUUACCUUUGUUUAACUCAGUUCUAAAUCCUAUGUCUACAGCGUACGAGAACAAAAGUUUAUUUUAUAGUCGAUACUUUAAACUUUUAUGGACAGAAAGUCACUGCUGAAUUUUAUUACAGUUAUACUCCAUCUGUAGCCUCAAAUUCAAAUUUUCCCGAUAGAAGUUGAAUCAGAGCCUUUAUGGAGAAUUUCAGCUUCUCAAACAUAUUUCCUAGGAUGAUGAAGAUUUAUGUUUUCCACACAUGCCUUCGAAAACAAAAAUUGUAUGCUACUUAACCCAAGAGCCUGUGCUGGUGACAUUGGUUGUACAAGCUUGGUGACAGGAAAUGAAAACAUUUUCGCCAGUCAUUUCUUCUAUAGCCACUACACUUACAGUCUGGUUCCUGUAUUAUUUCCCUUAUGUUUACGCUCUCAAAAGUUAUUAUUUGAAGUAAUUUAUUUAGAGGAAAUGUUAAUGAGAUGUAUUUUCUUAUAGAGAU